UUUACUUAGGAUGGUUAAUUAUAAUUGACACUUCUGUGGCACUGACACUCCCCUGGGCUUCUCCCCCGGCUACGAAAUGAGAGGAAGAAGUUGAUGGAAGAAAAUCUCUGUACUAUGAACACGGACCGGCCCAAUGGAUUCCUUCAGAAACUUUGUACUUACUAAGUCGGCUCAAAUAAAGGCUGGCAAGUCGGACCUGUCUCGAGAACCUGUCGUUAGAUCCAGUUUCAAGGACCUUCCUAUCUCCGAAGUUUCGUACCCAAACAAUGACAUAAAGGUACAGAACAUAGCUCCCCUUGAUAAUGACAUGAGAGAACGGAUCUCUACCUACUUUCCUAAAGGACUGCAGAAGAAGGAGGUAGUGGUAGGACCCAACGGACGACCAAGAUCCCUUAGCCUGCAACCAGAUAUGCCUGGAGACCUGCCAUGGAACAUGUCGAGUGGCGAGGUAGCGUAUGGAAUGUCAAUAUCACUCUACGAGGAGGACUCUGAAAAAGGCGUGUUUGUUGGGGACCCUAUAGCAGACUGCUGCGCGGUCAUUUGUACCUGCAACUACAUCAUCAUGGUGUGUGCGGAUGGGUGCGGAUGGGGGGAUGGAGCAAGGACCGCAGCUAGAAUUGCAGUGUUGUCAAUGUUGCGAACUCUGACUAAAAAAGUCCUCUACAACGAUAUCUACAGCAGUACAGAUAUAUUUGAGUUCCUGAGCGAGGGUAUGAAUCAGGCCCAAAAGGAUCUGAUAGCAAGUGAAGGGUGUGGAAUGACUACACUCUGUGCUACUGUCAUUGCUCCACUUAAAUACCACAACAGUCCAGAUGAGGAAUUUCAUCCAGUCCUAGGCUGUAUUAAUUUGCGUAGCACCCACCGUUAUCUGGGUAAUCUCAAUCCAAUACCUGAACGUGACAGUAACGGCAGGUGGGUGGUGUGUAACGUGAGGGUGGGUGACACAGCCACCUACAGAUACUGUAAACCAAGCGAGAAACUAGCCCUCAUUUCUCACAGGUUUAAAAAUGAGGACCGGAACAUGGGCGACUGUGGUGGGUGUCUUGGACCAGUUGUGGGCCAUCAACCUGACCUGACUAACCUUCAGUAUUCCAUCUCCCUGGCCGAUAACCAUUGCACCAUAUUCUUGGCUACGGACGGAGUCGGGGAUAACUUUAACCCACACGUUACGAAUCAGAUAGGACCCACGAAUAAAUGCAGUGACUUUGAAUCUGAGCCUUUAUUACACAAAGUUUACUGCAGCUGUCUGAAUGAUGAUUCUUCGGGCAACUCGUGCGACUUGAGGGAUCUCCCCAUUCAUAAACAGUUGGAAAUAUCGGAGAAAGAUAAAUCAACGCACAAACAUUACUGUAAAUGUCUCAAGAAAGUGGACGAUUUGUGUCCUACCUUCGUCGACAUUCUCUCUCUUAAAUAUUUUAAUCAGACGAUAAACUCUUAUUAUGAAGACGUUAGUGUCAAAGACUUCGUUAUUUCCAUCUGUAGAAUGUUGACCGAAUCCACAGAUCGUAAACGCACUGCAAUGAAGAGAUUCAAAGAGCGGCUAACCGCACUGUCCAGCGAAGAAACAGACAUGGUCAACAGGUGCCACAGACGUUACGUUAAAACAAUCCCAGGCAAGCUGGACCACGCCAGUUUAGUAGCAGUAAAUCUCGGCAAGAUGCGGACCCUGAAUAGUUAUUAUUUACUGAGUGCUGACAGCAGGACUACGAGUAUUCUUUUACUGCUAAAAGAACGGGUCUACAAGAAGUCUUGAGGGUUUGGGGAAGUCGCCUAUUUCUCCGAUUCCAGAACUCAGUAAUGCAGAAGUAAGACGUGGUUCGCUCCUGUAAUCAGAAGCCCGUUAGAAGUAUAAAUAGGAUUUAAGCAAUAUUUUCACAUGGAGAAGGCCUGAGAUUAUUGCAAUUAUACAUGAGCAUGAGAGGACCUAAUAUACCACUUUUUGUCUUCGUCAGACGCCUUAAGGAAUUCCGUUUCCUACUGUUAGAUCAUCUACCCUGUUGCAGUAUAAAUAGAUUCCAUGAAAUAGAGUUCUUGGAUUACUCAACAUUAUGUCAAAUAGAUCCUUGUUAAAUUGUGAAACUACCAAUUGUAAACAGAGUCUCAAACAAAGCGCCCAAUUUGCUAUUUUCUUUCUUCAUAAGUGUUUUUUGAACAACAAUUUAUUCCAAAAUUCAUGUCAGCAAUCGGUUGAAAUCGUGAAGGUGAUAUUUAAAAUGACCAAUAUUGAUUAUUAAAACACAUCCAGACACAAAGUUAAUUCUGGGCCCUUUUCAUAGUAUGUUUGUUACAAUAUGUUUGUUACAAUUUGAUGAUGUGUUUUUUACGAUUUGAUAUAUUUUUACUUAAUCAAGUUUACAGCAAGUCAGUGCAUGAUUAAAUUAUUUACCAAACCAGUGAUUGACCGGGGUCUCGGUCAGGGUGAAAAUUUUAGGCCGGACCGAACCGUAAUUUUCAGCCGGAGAUAUUAAGAAAAACUAUCAAUUACUGCACUGAGUAGAUAUUCUAUUGAAAUCCUAGAAAAAAGUCUGCAGCCAAGAUUUUAGCCGGGUGCCAUUUUCGGCCGGGGCCCCGGUUGUUCACUGCACUAAACCGUUGCUCCAUGACAUUUACAGCAAAUCAUGACUGUAUGUUAAAGCAUAAAACAGUCUUAUAACUCUUCAUUUAAUCAUGAUCAUGAAAUCGGUUCGUAUUUUCGAACGUCAUUAGUGUUUUCUGUUGUUGCAGAAUUAUAUUUUUAUUUUUCAAA